AUGUUUGUUUACUCGUCAAGCCCAAACAUCAAAAUUCGUCGAUGUGUCAUCGUAAAGGUAAUAAUUAUUCUUUUAAAUAAUGCCUUUAAAAUGAUCGCAAACUAACAACAACUUAACAUUUACCACUAACCACUACAAGAAUGGAACCAACCGAAGGCAAAAAAAUAAACUUGGAAGACUUGCCAAAGGAGGAUUUAGUUAAAAAGUGCAAAUCGUUAAUAUCCUUGGCUCAAAAAGCUAAAACCUCUAAAGAGAGCUUGCAGGAAGAAAUCAACAGUCUGAAAAAGCAACUCAAUCAGGCAACUCAAAACGAUGCCACCAUUGAACUUAUCGAAAGUCUAACCAGUGAAAAAUUACAGCUGGUGAACCAAAUUGAAGAUCUAAAAGUGAAAAACCACAGCUUGAACUCAAAACUGAAAUCAUUUGAAGAAAAAGUCACUGAUUUGGAGACAGAAAAUACCUCGUACCAGAGGCAAGCUAAAAGGCUAACUGACGAAAACGAACAGCUAAUUUCCGAUUUAUCAACCCUUGAAACGCAAAUAGCGGAGCUUCACAAGCUAGGCGUAGAACAGAAGGGCCAAUUACUAGAAUUGGAGAAAUCAAACACCAAUAGCAUCAAGGAUCUACAGAGUAAGUUAGCAAUUAGUGUGGAGGAAGUCCAAAAACUCAACGCCAAUCUAGCGAGUAAAGAGCAACAAAUAUCAGGAUUAACUCAAGAGUUGCAGGCUUUAAAAAUUAUUAAAAACACUUCCUUGCAGGAAAGCGAUACAAGUUGUGAUAGUUACAUUAAGGAAAUAGAUGAACUUAAAAUUAGGAACGAUGGCUAUAUUACAGAAUUGUCAAGUAUUAAAGAUGUUAACGAAAAACUGAAAGAAAAGGUCACAUUGUACCAUUCAAAACUGAAAAAAUUUGCCUUGAACAUCAAGGAAGUUAAAAAUGAGAAAAACGGAAUUAUUGAACUGUUCAAAGCCUGCACUGAACAGAUUCAUGAAUGGAAAGUGCAACUACUUAAAGCGAGUGCCGAACUUAUCAAACUAGUCAAUCAGCUUCAGGAUGAAAAUCAGAAGCUUAAACAAAACGCGGAAAAUCCGGAAAUCAAACUGGAAUUGGAUAAAUGCAACCAACAACUAAUCAGCCAGAACGAAGAUAUCCAAAGGCUCAAUGCGGAACUUGCUGAAAAGGUUAAAAUCUCGGAAAAUUUGGCCAGGAUUGCGCACGAAAAUGAAAACCUCAACAAUGUCUGUCUCACCUACAAAGAAAAACUGGAAAUCCUCAAUCAGGAACUGAAAGAAUCCCAAUGCAAAUAUGAAGCUGAAAAUAAUUUGCUUAUCGCCUCCAAAGAGGAAGUGAAUAAGUUAAACGAAGCCCUGAGACAAUCGGUGAAUACCGAGAAAAGGUUAGCAGAAGAGUCUAGUGAGGAAAUUCUCAGAUUAGCUCGAAGUAAUAAAAGCCUUGAAGAACAACUUCAAGAACUUCAAGAGAAACUCAGCUUAAAAGAAAGCAAAGUCCACGUGGAUAGCUCGGUUCAAGCCAAUGAAGACACAUCUUCAUCACAGAAUUCUGCUGAUGAAAAUAGUAUUCAAGAUUUGAAGAGAGAACAUGUCGAACUGCUACAAGAGAUGAACGAGAUGAACCAAGCUCUAAAAGAGCGAGGAGAAACAAUAUCCAAGCUGGAAGCUCACUGUGAGGAAAUCAAGAAAAAACUUCAGCUGUAUGAGACGCAGGCAAAUAAAAACGUGGAAUUUAUAACAGCAAAAGACGAAACUAUUAAGGAGCUUUCAAAGGAGCUAGAUUCUUUACGAAAUAAUAACCCGCCUGUUGAAAGCAACGCGAGCAGGGAGCUUGAAAUUGCAAAUUUAAAGUCCGAAAUUGAGGCUCUAAGAAGCAAACUACAGAAUAACAUGGACACAAGCUAUGCAGAAAGUGAAACCAUGUCGACGUCAACUAUAUCAAGAUACGAAGAAACCAAUCGGUUGAAGGAAUUGGAAGGCUCUUGGGAAGAGAGAUAUGGAAAACUCAGAACAUUGGCCAUCAAACUGAAGGCGAAUAUUCGAGAUCAAGCAAACGCCAUAAAAGAGCAUGAAAAAGUGCGCGAGGACUUAUUGAAAACGCAAUCAAACAAUCUGAAAAUUAUCCAAAGUUUGCAGGCAGAAAUCGACAAACUUCAAGACGACCUGGAGAAGGCGAAUGCAGAGAAAAAGCAAUACUUAAACAAGUUAAAUUCCACAGCCGAAAAUAUAUCGAAAGACAAACAAUUGCUGGCAGCAAAUGAAGAAACAAUUUCGCAGUUAAAGAAGGAAAUUGCAAUGCUUAAUGCUGGCCAGCAACAGGUCGAUAACUGGAAAAAGCAAGUUAGCGCUAAGGUUCAAACAUUGAGAAAAGAUGCAGAAGCUAAAAACAUCUUAUUAAAAGAACUGGAAGGUAAGGUGUCAAAGUUGGAAAGCGAUGUGGAAAGCAAAGCCGUUCAAUUGAAGAACGAACAGGAAAGCCACAGGCAGACAAAGAGCCUUUUGGAGCAAACUAGUUCGGAGCGUAAGAAGAACUCGGUUCUCAGCCUGGAAAUGCAGGACUAUGAGCGAAGCGUGAAAGAAUUGUCGCAGAAGAUUGAUAAACACGUUAGUGAAAUUAGCAAUUUGCAGACUCAGCUGGAUUCGCAGAGAAACACGGUCAAUGUUUUACGAGAGCAGAAUAAAAUCCUAGAAGCAAGAAUAAAGCAGGAGGAAAACAAUGGCCAAAGCAGUUCACUAGAAGUGGCAAGUUGCAGAAGGAAUAUUGCCAAUUUGGAGGAUCUAAUACAGCAAAAGGAGCAAAAAAUUGUCGAUGUCACUAAGCAAUUAGAAAUCGCACGGUCCGACAACGAAGAACUUUCCACUGAGUUAUCCAAAGUUAUUGCAGAACAUCAGAAGACCCUCAGUAAUACAAAGGCUGAACGGGACCAGUUGAGAAAUCAGCAAUCAGGCCUACAGCAGAAUGUGAGGGAGCUAAAAGACACACUCAAGUUGAGAGAGGAUGAAUUAAGUGCCAUUAAGGGGGACUAUGAAAGUUACAAAGUGCGAGCUCAGAGCGUACUGAAGAAGAGCCAAAAUCGAGACCUGGGGCUCGAAGAAAAAUUGUCUGAAGAACUCACCACUGCCAGAUCGCUUAAUACGAACUUGAGCGAUGAGCUAAAAGAGUCUAGAGAAAAGCUCCAAAGGGACGAAGAAAUUAAUAAAGCACUUGCAACAGAAAAAGACCGAUUGAGUAAAAAAGUAACCGAACUAGAAACAGAAGUCCAGGACUUGAAGAACUACAACGAGCAACUGGAGGCUAAACACCAAAAAACAGUCAGUGAACAUGCGGAGACUGUCAGGAAUUUAAAGGUGCACGCAGAGACGCUAUCUCAGUGUUACCGCCAGCAGAUCUCCGACCAAGAGGUUCGACAUAAUAGGGAAAUUAUCGAGCUUCAAAGUCAGCUAGAUAAGACACCUUCACCACUGGACACUCUUCCCGAGCAUCCGAACAUGCCCAGGGAGGACGGCGAGGGCUCGGAGAGCAUAGAAAGCACUCACCUCUCAAGCAGUGUACACCCAAUUCCAUUGGAACGAUUACUUGAUUCCAGGUCAGACGAUGAAAUACUGCUUCUGAAGAAAUCACUUUCAGAACAGGAAUCCAAAGUUGUGCAUUUAACAGCGUUGCUAUCUGAUACUGAGCAGGAUUUGGCUAAGCAUGUGCAGAUGAACAAGGUGCUGAAAGAGGAGAUUCGGAGGCAGCAAAGAUCGGUUGAACGAGAAAAACAUGCCGACAAUCUGGAGUACUUAAAAAAUGUAGUUUUUAAGUUUGUGACGUUAAGUACGGGAGAUGAGAGAAGCAGGUUGGUGCCAGUAUUGAAUACGAUCCUAAAGUUGAGUCCUGAAGAAACGCAAAAAUUAACCAUGGUGGCCAAAGGCGAUCCUGGACUUAAAGGAUGGACCAGUUACCUGCCGACUUGGUCGUCGCCCAAUAAACCGCAGUAUUGUUUGAAUUUGGCGCCCCAUAGCAACCCUUCGUUAAUCAGAAAAUUAAAAUCGUGCUUAUUGCUCAACAUGGGUAGAGAAAAAACCCAUAUUAACAUUGUCGUGAUUGGCCACGUGGAUUCUGGGAAAUCCACCUCCACUGGCCAUUUGAUUUACAAAUGCGGUGGUAUCGAUAAACGUACAAUUGAAAAGUUUGAAAAGGAAGCCCAAGAGAUGGGCAAAGGAUCCUUCAAGUAUGCCUGGGUGCUGGAUAAGCUGAAGGCCGAAAGGGAAAGAGGCAUUACCAUCGAUAUUGCCUUAUGGAAGUUUGAAACUGCUAAGUACUAUGUCACUAUUAUUGACGCCCCUGGACAUAGGGAUUUCAUCAAGAACAUGAUUACUGGGACUUCGCAAGCGGACUGUGCUGUUCUUAUUGUAGCCGCUGGCACCGGGGAGUUUGAGGCUGGGAUAUCGAAGAAUGGACAGACUAGAGAACAUGCUUUGCUCGCUGUCACUCUAGGGGUCAAGCAACUUAUUGUGGGCGUUAACAAAAUGGACAGCACUGAGCCUCCAUAUUCCGAAGUGCGUUUCGAAGAAAUCAAACACGAGGUGUGUUCCUACAUCAAGAAAAUUGGGUUCAAUCCCAACGGUGUUCCUUUCGUGCCAAUUUCUGGAUGGCAUGGCGACAACAUGCUUGAACCCAGCGAAAAGAUGCCUUGGUUCAAGGGCUGGUCGAUUGAACGCAAAGAAGGGAAAGCCGACGGUAAAACUCUAAUUGAGGCCCUCGACGCCAUCCUGCCUCCUUCUCGGCCAACUGAAAAGGCCCUCAGAUUGCCUCUUCAGGAUGUUUACAAGAUUGGGGGCAUCGGCACCGUGCCAGUGGGACGAGUGGAAACGGGAAUUUUGAAGCCAGGAAUGGUGGUGACGUUUGCUCCUGUAGGUCUAACUACCGAGGUAAAGUCAGUCGAGAUGCACCACGAAGCAUUGCAAGAAGCUGUACCGGGAGACAAUGUGGGAUUCAACGUUAAGAACGUCUCAGUCAAGGAGUUGAGGCGCGGAUUUGUUGCUGGCGAUUCGAAAAAUAAUCCUCCCAGAGGUGCUGCUGAUUUCACUGCUCAGGUCAUUGUGUUGAAUCAUCCAGGACAGAUAUCAAAUGGUUAUACUCCGGUUCUGGAUUGUCACACCGCUCAUAUCGCUUGCAAAUUUGCUGAGAUCAAGGAAAAGUGCGAUCGCCGAUCUGGAAAAGUUACUGAAGAAAACCCCAAGUUUAUUAAAACGGGGGACGCCGCCUUUGUAAAUUUGGUGCCGUCUAAGCCCAUGUGUGUUGAGUCGUUCCAGGAGUUUCCGCCGUUGGGUCGUUUCGCCGUGCGCGACAUGCGUCAAACCGUAGCUGUGGGGGUGAUUAAGCAGGUGAACUUUAAAGACACCGCUGGUAAAGUUACGAAGGCUGCCGAGAAGGCCCAAAAGAAGAAAUAACUAGACUUAGCAAGGACUUCCAUAGAAGGCCUCAAGAACAUCUUCAUCAACAGUUCUUAUUAUUUUCCUAGACGGCUCUUGCUUACUUACUUUCACCGGAAAGAGUUUAGAAGGAAAACUUGUUGUUUGGCAUAUUUUAGGUUUUCUUUGAAAAUUUGUUGAAAUGCACAGAUUCCUUACAGGUUGGUCUGUGCUAAUUUACUCAGUAUUUUAUUAUUUAUAUAUACUCUUGUUUAUGUAAUCGAUAGUAGUGAGAACAAUUAUGAUAUUAGUGUUAAAGUUUAUGUUGAAUUUGUUAAAUUGAUGAUGAUGAUAGACUUGAUUAAUUCAGAAGCAGUGGCUUCAAUAACUACCCAAUAAACAUGGGAUAUUACCCAAAUUGAA